CCGGCCAUGAGGGUCCUGUGCUUGGCGCUGUGCGCGCUGGCGCGGCUGUGGCCCGGGGCGCUAGCUGGCUGCUCGGAGGCCGGGCGCUGCUGCCCAGGCAGGGACCCAGCCUGCUUUGCCCAAGGCUGGAGGCUGGACAGAGUCUACGGGACCUGCUUCUGCGACCAAGCCUGCCGCCUCACCGGGGACUGCUGCUUCGACUACGACAGGGCUUGCCCAGCUCGCCCUUGCUUCGUGGGAGAAUGGAGCCCGUGGAGCGGCUGCGGGAAUCCAUGCCGGCCCGCCAUGCGCGUGCGCAGGCGCUCGGUGCAGCAGGAGCCGCGGAAUGGAGGCGCGCCCUGCCCACCGCUGGAGGAGAGAGCCGGCUGCCUGGAGUAUGCCAGCGCGCAGGGCCGGGACUGCGCGCACUCCUUCGUCCCUGCCUUUAUAACUACCUCUGCAUUCAACAAGGAGAGAACAAGACAAGGUUCAUCUCCCCGGUGGUCUGCACAUACACAGGAUGCUGGAUACUGUAUGGAGUUCAAGACAGAGUCGCUGACUCCUCACUGUGCUCUGGACAACCGGCCCCUGACCCGGUGGAUGCAGUAUCUCCGAGAGGGAUACACAGUGUGUGUGGACUGUCAACCUCCUGCUAUGAAUUCUGUGAGCCUGCGCUGUUUCGGAGAUGGCCUGGACUCCAGUGGAAAUCAGACACUCCAUUGGCAAGCCAUUGGCAAUCCUCGAUGCCAAGGAACCUGGAAAAAAGUGCGUCGAGUUAACCAGUGUUCUUGUCCAGCGGUUCACAGUUUCAUUUUUAUAUAGAUUGCUGAGCAAAUAUUUCAAAAUAUGCUUAUAAACAUUGCUAAGUUGCGGUUAACCCUUCGUAAACUUACAAAGUCUGGCCAAAAUUUCUGGCAUGUGUCAUCGCCACACUCUGCUGCUGAAAAAGAAAAUUUAUGGACUCGUUAUCAAGAAACCAUGGUAACUUUGUGUUUAUGUUUACUAACUUGGGGAUUCACACUCAAAGCUCCUUUGGUUUUAUACCCUUCAUUUUCUAUUCAGUCACAGAAUACAUGUAUAUCUGUCCACAUUAGCAUUAUUACCAUGUACUCCAGUUUUUGGUAAGGUGUUAUUUAAAGGUAUCUAUAUAUUUUUGUUUCUAUUCCUUAUUUCUUAAAAGCUUCUAACUUAAAAAAUAUAUAUAUAUAUACACACAUAUGUGUAAAGUCUCAUAUCUAUCCUCCCCAUAUACUAGCCCCAUAAAUUCUACAAUAAUUUUAAGCAUAUUGUUAUAAAAUAAUUUUCUAUUGGAACAGUUAUUAAAAUUUCAGUAGGAAUUUUGUAAAGAAAAGCCAACAAUAUUGCUAAAAUUUUUUGAAGAAAUUUUCCGUUGUUAAUUGCAAAGAUCAAUCAAACACCCAUCCUGGAUUAAUAAGAAUUCCUUGAAGUGUUAUAAUUUUCACACCAAUCAAUCAAAUAUUUUAGUUAUGAUAAUUCUACCAUUUGUAUCUAGUAUUAUUGCCAAAGGUUAAAGCCUAUGACAGAGUAAACAAUCUUUUAGAGUACAACUUUGAGUUUAGUUGAAGUAUUCUUAUAUCGUUUUUCUGAAGCAUAUAUUUUCUCAUGUUUGGAGUGAAAGGCAGAUGUUUGGAUGGCAAGAGGCAUAGAAUUUCAUUGCACACGCUCUUAUCUCACACACAAGGAGAGAAAUAUGGAUCUUAUUUUAUUAUUAUAUCAAUGAACUUGAGGCAGAAAGACAUGGUGUGUUUGAGAAUCGGGGAUGUCAGGCUGUGUCAGGCUCUAUAGUCAGCUUCAGUGAAAGUCACCCUGAUUACACCAAAGACUCCAUAUUAUGAGCUUACCAUAGUUUAGUUUUGAAGCAGGUUUUAAAUUCAGGAAAUUUUCUUUGGAGAAUUGAGUCCGGAGAUUUUAACUAUCUAUAAUUCAUUUGGUUUAAGUUGGAUUACACAGUAACUUACUAACAAUGUUUAACUAAUAUACAAAUUUCUUGAUACUUUAUUAUGUAAUGACGGAUUUUAUUAUGUAAUGACAGAAUGACAAGAGCAAGGGUUGAGAACAACUCUAAUAGUUAACAUUCUGAUAGUUAUACUGAGAAUAACAGUAUUUCUGACUAUAUAUUCCUAUAACUGCCAAAGUUAUUUUGAUGGAAGAUUAAAAAUAAAAAUAUUUAAAUUUCAUCAAUGUUAGCAACUUCAACUAUGAGUUCUAUAUUAACAAUUUAAGAUCACUUAAACAAUUAUUUAGCAAUAUUUUUGAAACUAUGCGUGGAUAUUUUCCAAUGAUACUUACAUUUUUUUAAAUAUGUUUUUAUUCAUUUUUCAUUUAGUU